AAAGGAAGGUCUUCGUUCACAAAGUUGGUGAACAGGUGGAGAAGCUUUUCGGUCACAAUCGAGCUGUGUCAGCAGUUGAGACCGUGCGCGCUCCCGAAGACGUGCGCGCGGACGUUUGUUGACUAAUCGAACGUUUACUGAAGUUCACCAUGACUCUGCAGUGGACCGCGGUCGCACUCUUCCUCUACGUGGAAAUCGCCGCCAACCUCAUCCUGUGUUUACCCUUCAUAUCUGCCAGGAGAUGGCGCUUGGUGUUCAGCUGGAGAAUUUGGAACUGGCUGUCUCCAUACUGGAACAAAUGCUUCUUUACAAUGAUCAUGGUCCUGAUUGUCCUUUUCCUUGACGCACUCCGGGAGGUGAACAAGUACUCUGGACCUGAGUCCAUGCAAGAAGCCAAGGUGAACACCAAUCUUUUUGACCAUCUCCACAUGAAGCUCUUCAGAGCGCAGAGGAACCUCUACAUCUCUGGCUUCUCUCUCUUUCUGUGGCUUAUCAUGCGGCGCGUCAUUACGCUGCUUAACCAAGUAGCUGUGACUUUGGAGGACAGUGCCGGACUCCAGGCCCAGUUGGAAGGAGCGGUGAAAACAGCCAAAAAGCACCAGGAGGACAACGCUACGUUAAAAAGAGCGCUGCUGGAGGGUGAAAAAUCAAUGUCGGAAAACAAACAUCAACUGAAGGUGGAGGUGGAGAGUUUGACAGCAAAACUGAAGGAAGCUGAAGCAGCUGCACGCAAGUCUGAAGCAGAGGUGGAAGCCAUGACCAGGCAAGCCAAAGGUCUUGCUCAAGAGUACGACCGACUGCUGAACGAACAUCAUCGACUGCAGAAUGUCCAAAGUGCUGCAGAUAAAAAGGGUCAAUAGACACAGAUGAGAAUUCGUCCUCAAGUUUGUUAUUGUUAGGAAUAAAUAUGGUCAAUCGUCAAUAGAUCUAUCAUCGACAACAAAUCAUUGAGUUAUUGGGAGGAAGAGUUGGCGACUGCUGCUCAUGAAUGACUUGAUUUUAUUAAAUGUUUAUACUGUAUCUGCUUGUCUUGAAAGUUUUUCAGAACUUGUAAGACUCCUCCUGAUCUUUGAUCUUUCUGAAAGAAUGAAUGUAAUUCACAUGCUGUGCAGAAAAAAACAGUCCAAGUCAGCUGUAUUGUCUUUAUUCGUACAGUAUCAAACAUAAAAAUGACACCACAAUUCAAUAGGAUUUCUUAGACAAAUGUACAUAUUUGAAAUAGAUAAUUGGCUGAAGAAAAAGAUGUUGGAUCAGGUACUUAAUAUUUAUAAACCCUGGACGAACAGACGGUUUUCAAAAGAGUCGUCCCAAGUGCUACACAUUCCUGAGUGAGACAAGAAACCGUGCCGAGGAUCACAAGUGGGUCUCUCUGUCCGAACUCUGGCUGGAGGUCACCAUAAAUUGUUCGCGUUGUGUAGAAGUGUUUUCCUCCUUCUCCAGUGACUCCUGCUCACCGCUGCUGUUGGCCAAGGCUGUUUUCUCCUCUUGUUUUACGUGUCUUUGGAGGAGAGAAAAGCCCAAAAUGCAAAGAAGGAAGGAAACUGUCCUCAACCCUAAUGUCAGGCCCAGAUACAAUAUCCUGCGAACAUCAAACACAAGACAUCAAGGGAUAACUUUUAGCUGUAUUUGCUCUGCUGUUCAACACAUUUGCCCUUUUGACAUCAAUCCAUCUAUUUAUGAGCUUUCAGUUGUAAUAUUAAAUACAUA